CAACACAUGGAUGUGCUACGCUCCACCGAAGACCUGUUGCAUCCUCUGAAGUCUCUGGGCAGACUGGCCAGUCACCCGGGCCCCGCCCUGCCCUUCACUUUCACCAGCUUCUCCCUCCCCAGUGACUCCCCCUCGGUCCCUGAUGCCAUCUGCGACCUCCUCCCGCCGCCCUCUGUGCCCCUCUUCAGUCCAGUGCGGAUGAGCGGCAGCCCCGCCCGCCCCGAGCCACGGGACACGGCUCCACGCCUUGCGCCGCCCGAAGCCGGGCACCAGGCGAGGCGGGUGCCCCGCACUGCCAGGCGCUGGCUGGGGGUCAGCCUGGCGGCCCGGCAGCCCCGGGGCGGACAGUUCACAGAGGAAGACCUGAACAGGGUUUUGUACGGAUACACGAAGGUCUGCGGGGCCGCUCGGGCUGUCAAUCACUCCAUCUCAGGACUGCGAAUAACAGAGAGGACAGGUGAUGAGUUACAGCUUCAGCUGCUGGACAGAAGAGACUCUUUAGACAUCCCAGAGGGGCUCUCUGUUUCCCGCACUACCUGUGGGGGAAUUUCUCAUUUUGGGGUUUUCUGCUGUCAAAAUCAGAUCCCCAAAGGGGUUCGAUUCGGACCCUUUACAGGAAAAGUGGUGAACACGAGUGAGAUUAAAACCUACGAUGACAACUCCUUCAUGUGGGAGAUUUUCCAGGAUGGCCGUUUGAGUCACUUUAUCGACGGGAAAGGGGUCGCCGGGAACUGGAUGGCGUUUGUGAACUGCGCCCGGUCACUCCGGGAGCAAAACCUGACCGCCCUGCAGUGCGAGGGGAAGAUCUACUACGAGACGUGCAAAGACGUGUGCGAUCAGCAGGAGCUGCUGGUGUGGUACGGGGACUGUUACCUGCAGUUUAUGGGAAUCCCCGUCACGUUGAAAGAAAUGACUGAAAGUCCACUCACGGACCAGAGUGAAGAGUCCGGAGAAGGGUAUAAUUGCGAGCGAUGUGGGAAGGUUUUCGCCUACAAAUACUACCGGGACAAACACCUGAAGUACACCCGCUGUGUGGAUCAGGGCGAUCGCAAGUUUCCCUGUCACCUGUGCAACAGGUCAUUCGAGAAGCGAGACAGACUGAGGAUCCACGUCCUUCACGUCCACGAGAAACAUCGGCCGCACAAAUGCUCGGUGUGCGGCAAGAGCUUCUCUCAGUCCUCCAGCCUCAACAAGCACAUGAGGGUCCACUCUGGGGAGAGACCGUACAAGUGCGUCUAUUGCAACAAGGCUUUCACCGCCUCCAGCAUCCUGCGCACCCACAUCCGACAGCACUCGGGGGAGAAGCCCUUUAAGUGCCGUCACUGUGGGAAGGCCUUCGCCUCACACGCUGCCCACGACAGCCAUGUGCGCCGCACGCAUGCCAAGGAGAGGAGCUGCACCUGCGCCCUCUGCGGCAAAACCUUCCCCGAGGAGCACGAGCUCAAGGUGCACCAGGUGCAGCUGCAUGCAGGUGAAAGAUUCCAGGUAGAUACUGCUGUGAAGCCAGAAUUACACCAUAUGCCUCCUAUCGGUCAAAUAGACUCUGUGAAUGAAAAUUAUCUUUACAAUUCAAGUGAGGAGCCUCUAGUUGUCCCAAAUAACCUAUACAAAGAGGAGAACAGCCCCUAUGGAGCAAGCACAGGAAUCACCAUACAACAUAAUGACGGCCGCAGACCCUGGAAUUAG